UUCUUUUGAAUUGUUUCUAUUUCAGAAGAUUCCAUGUGUCUUGUUUGAAGUAACAACUUGCAGUUCACUUGUCUGUUACCUACAGAUUCCCCCCAGGAUGGACUCUUUUAUCUUGAGCUUCCUUUGAUGGCAGGAUGCAAAAAUCUAAGGAGCCAGGCCGGCUGAAUUGUGUGCAUGGGUUGUGAAAUGAACAGAAAAGCUAUUCACCGUUAUGAAGUGAACGUGGGGAAAAAAGAAGAAGAAGAAUCCGGUCCGAAUUAAAUGUCCUGAGGGAAGAAAAGUGUUAGUCAAUACUCUCAUUUCUUCAACUGCUCUGGCCCCUUCAUGAAUGUAACAAAUGUAUCAGGAAAUGGCAUUGCUGCCUGGGAAUGCAGAGCCCGAAUUUACUGCAUACUCUUACAACAACUUGGAAACACUUUGUGAUGUGCAGACAAAGAAAGGCGUCUUCUACAAAAAAGCAAAACUUCUCAGUCCUGGGGAAGACUUGUAUUGUUUUGCCUGUAGGGAGGACCGAACCAGGAAUGUGAUAAUCAAUGUAGGUGGCAUAAAAUACAAAAUUCCAUGGACCACAUUAGAGAAUUGUCCCUUGACCAGGCUUGGAAAGUUAAAAUCAUGCAACAACUAUGACGAAAUAAUGGAUAUAUGUGAUGAUUAUGAUGUCAACUGCAAUGAAUUCUUUUUUGACCGCAAUCCUUGUGCCUUCAGGACCAUCAUGACUUUUUUGACUGCUGGGAAGCUAAGGCUCCUCAGGGAAAUGUGCGCUCUCUCUUUCCAAGAUGAACUGGUUUACUGGGGGAUAGAAGAGGAACAUCUGGAGUGGUGCUGUAGAAGAAGACUACGACAGAAAGAAGAAGAGAUAGCAGAGGCGGCAUUGUUUGAAGAAGAAGUAGAACCUAAUGAAGCACCCCUUGAAAGUGCCUUCAAGGACAGCAGCCGCUUGCAUUUGUACAUGAGAAAGCUCAGGGACAUGGUAGAAAAUCCUCAUUCAGGGAUCCCAGGAAAAAUAUUUGCUUGCAUAUCGGUUUCUUUUGUUGUCAUCACUGCAGUUACCCUCUGCAUUAGCACCAUGCCAGAUCUCAGAGAAGAAGAAGUUCGGGGAGAAUGUUCCCAAAAGUGCCAUGACAUCUUUGUACUGGAAACAGUCUGUGUGGCUUGGUUUUCUUUCGAGUUCCUCUUGCGCUGUAUCCAGGCGGAGAGCAAGUGUGCCUUUCUGAAGACGCCGCUCAACAUUAUAGACAUUUUGGCCAUCUUGCCUUUCUACAUCUCUUUGAUUGUAGAUAUGGCUUCUCCCAAAACCAGCAACAAGCCUGGGGGUGGGGGAGUUGGAAACAAGUACCUGGAGAGAGUGGGGCUAGUACUGCGCACCUUGCGAGCUCUUCGCAUCCUCUAUGUCAUGCGCCUGGCAAGGCACUCCCUGGGGCUGCAGACCCUGGGACUCACCGUGCGCCGCUGUACCCGGGAAUUUGGAUUGCUCCUCCUUUUUCUUUGUGUCGCUAUGGCACUCUUUUCGCCCCUUGUCUACUUGGCGGAAAACGAAAUGGGCGCCAAGCAUGAAUUCACCAGUGUUCCCAGCAGUUAUUGGUGGGCUGUGAUAUCUAUGACAACCGUCGGCUAUGGUGACAUGGUGCCUCGCAGCAUUCCAGGGCAGGUUGUGGCCCUAAGCAGUAUCUUGAGCGGCAUCCUACUGAUGGCUUUUCCAGUCACUUCCAUUUUCCACACUUUCUCGCGCUCGUACAUCGAGCUUAAGGAAGAACAGCAGCGUGCUUCUAAUAGGCAACCUCAUGACCUGGAAGAAAGCAACAACCUUCCGCAAGACAGCAGCUCUCAGGAAGACUCCUCCUCUUUGCAGGGCAGUAACGGAGCAGCAAUUCCCGCUGAAAUGGAACAAGGCGCUAAGAAUUGCUGACGCAAAGGAAAUUGGAAUCUUGGGGAACAGGAGAGAAAAAGCGGAUGGAGGGCUAUUUAUGUCUUAAAGUAGAGGUCUCCAAACUUGGCAACCUUAAGACUUGUGGACUUCAACUCCCAGAAUUUCCCAGCCAGCAUAGGAGCAGAAGUCCACAAGUCUUGAGGUUGCCAAGCUAGGAGACUCCCCUCUUAAAAUAACCAAACUGCUUAAAUCUCCUUUUGCAACCAGAAAGGUUGCCUUUUGAGCAACGGCUUAUGUGAUCCAUCAUAGCGCUGAAGACUGGUUGGCUUUAAUGUAACAUCCUUUAGAAUUUCAGAGACUCUCCAGCACUAGCGAUGCCGCCAAUUGCGCUUUUAAAGGCAAUUUUCAAACUUGUUUCUGUUGUAUGUAUGUGGGAAGAAAUAACACAGCUCACAUAUUUUAAAAGUAUCCAGAUUCAGGUAGUUCUUGUUCCAUUCAUUCUGCACAGAGCUAGAGAAACUAACAGAUUGCCCAGCAGUAGUUUCUCCCUAGCUGUAUUCAUCCCAAGUGGAUUCAUAUUGCGGUGUACAUCAUGAAGUAUGCAUAGAGGUUAAAAAGGGAAAUUGCUGUAUGGAUAUGAAGACAUUUUUGAAUUAAUUGCGAAGCCAAUCCCUGUGUUGCCCAUGGUUUAAAAAGGCCUGCUUUAGUUCUUUAUGCAUUAUUGCUACUGGCCACAGGAAGCUUUGCACUUUAGCUUAAAUCAGGGGUGGGCAACUAUGGCUCCUAUAUGACUUGUGGACUUUAACUCCCAGAAUUCCUGAGCUAGCAUGGUUGGCUGAGGAAUUCUGGGAUUUGAAGUCCGCAGCUCAUAAAGGGGCGAUAGUUGUCCACCCCUGGCUUAGAUGGUGUUUCCUUUGCUGAGAUUUAAAUGUGUGUUGCUUUGAAAUGAUUCUAGUUGGAUUUUUUUCCCCGUAUGUCUGAUCCAUUGGUACCAAAGCCAUGAUAUUUUUAAAAUGGAAGAAGACACUUCUGAGGCAUUUAUAGCUGGCUUUAAACUAAACAGCAAAAAUGGGCUUUCAUUUUAUUCCAAUAACUAUCACCUGCAGUGUUAGGUUAAAAAACUGGGAAGCUUUUGCUCGUCUUUCUAAAAUAAUAAUAAUAAAGAAAUUAAAGCCAACAAUAAUAAAAAGAAUUGUAUUGGCCUAGAGUUGAAUAUGUGACGAACUGCAGAACAUCCAGUUAAGUUAGCCCUGGCCAUUGCAAAGAUGCACAAUAAAGGAGGAAGCACAAAGCAUUUGCACUUCUUAAUUUCCUCUGCAUUUGCAACAAAAGUUUUGUUCCAUGCAGCAUGUGGGAUUUACAAAACGUGAGAUAAAAGCUUUGGGUUUGGGUGGAUUUUGACCAUGCAAAUCUUUUCCUCAUAAUUAAAAAUGAUUUCUCCACUAUGUCGGAAACAACCGCACAAGAGUCACAAUGAGCAGUAUUUUUGAAGUAUAUUUUGCUACCAGAAGGCAGGAGCCUUUUACAGUAAUUAGGAAUUGUGGUGAAUUCCAACUCCUGGAUCUAAGUGAAAAUUAAGAGCCUUACCACUUUUGAAAAUAGAAGGUCUUCGUGCCGGAGGUACUAGUGGUAAGGCUGAAGUCUACUUACUCUUCCAUUUGUAUUGAUUCUUGGUCCGCAAGAUUGUGAUGACGCUGGGAGUUUUAUGCAGUCUUGUUUUGUGUGGCUGAGCUAUAUUAAACAUGUCAUCUGUUAGCAAGGAACAUUGUAAAUAAAAGCUUCUUAAUUUCUA